AUGGGGGGGGGAGUCGCCACGCAGCCAAUGGGACGCAAGAGGUGCGCGCACAUGCGCGGGCCCCGCCUUUCGGCCGCCUCGCGGCGCUGCGCCUGCGUACUGCCGCUCGCCGAGGCCCGGAGUCGUCUCGACGCCUUUGCGACAGCCGUAAGCCGGUUCCGCGUCUUCCUGGAGUAUGUGGGAGGUCUGUUGCACAAACCUCCGCUCCUUUACCUCGGGCCGUCCUCUCGGGUGUGGGAGGGAGUGCAGAUUGAUAGGCAGCAGUUUGAAGAGACUGUCCGAACACUGAAUAACCUCUAUGCAGAAGCUGAAAAACUUGGGGGCCAAUCUUACCUUGAAGGGUGUCUCGCCUGUCUGACUGCCUAUACCAUCUUCUUGUGCAUGGAAACACAUUAUGAAAAGGUUCUAAAGAAAAUUGCCAAGUUCAUUCAGGAACAGAACGAGAAGAUCUAUGCUCCUCAGGGCCUCCUUCUGACAGACCCCAUUGAAAGAGGACUAAGAGUUAUUGAAAUUACCAUUUAUGAAGACAGAGGUAUGACCAGUGGAAGAUAAAACUGUGGAGUCUCAGAUAGCUCAACGGUGGACUUGCUGUAUCCCCUACCUCCUACUUUAGAGCAUCAUUCCUUUCUCUGCUGCCAGAUCCACAGUGCCAUCUACUACAAGGACUAACUUCCUAAAACUGCUCCACAUGGGGUGACCUAGCUGGUCAGCAUCCAUUUUGUGGCAAACUUUUAAGCAAUGAGAUCACUUUUUAGUUUUUUUCAAGAAAAAGCAGAAGUGGUAGAGCUACAUACACUUCUGAAAGAAACAGGGCACUUAGCGCAACGGAAGUCUAGUUUUAGUCAUGUAAGUGCAGUGCUGUUCCUCCCUAGUUCUUAAACCUUCUGUCCAUCAAUCGGGCUUUGGAAAGCUGCAAGUCAGAGUGGGGAAUUUUCCAGAAACAAGGCCUUCCCUCCAGUUCAGUAUUGGAGUGAGGGGAUACACAGUGCCUCUGCCUGGCAAGAAGUGACUCAAGGCAACGAGCGUUUUGUGUUUCCUGUGCUGAUUCUCGUGGAAAACCAGAAGGCAAAGUGUUACUUGUUUUAAUGUUUUGGUUGUUCCUAGAAGGGGGAGGAACAGCCAGACUUUAAUACUGGUGUUUUUUCUACUGCUGUAUCUGUGCUGUUACUGCAUCUGUCAAUGCUCACCAGAAGAGGGGGGUCUAUUCAUUCAUAAAACAGUAAGUACAAUGAAAUGGAUGCUGAACCAAUAAACAUAACAAUUCCUACCCUACUCUGAUUAAUAUGUGAAGUGUAAAACUGUUUCUUUAUGGAUUUAUUAUAUAUAAUUUAUAGGAAAACAUUGAUUUGACAAACUGUUAGAUGUUGUGUAAGAUGGUUUCUUAAUUCUGUCUGCUGGCACACCUAUUGAAAAGUAGAACUGUGCAUUAUUUAGUAUCCCCCAUGCAUCAACAUUCCUCGGCAAUACCUGCAAAAGUAAAGUUCCUACAAACCAAGCUGGCUUAAUAUUUUUCUCUUACAUCCUUUUCCCUUAUCAAAGCAAGGAUGUCCCAGCUUAGGUUCUGAGCGUCAUUGUCCAACUGUAGAAGGAAUUCCAGGAAUUUAGAAAAGGAGAAGACUUAUGCAGAACAGAUCGAGUGUUUUGGCUUUUGGUGGUACUGUAGGUGCUAAUACUGGAUCUGAAAUUCCAGGCUUAUUACUCAGCCACUGAUUUUUUUUUUUGAGAUUUGUUUAAUAUUUGAAUUGUAUAAAACUUGUUUUUUCUAAACUGUAACAGUGUUUGCCUUUCACAUCUGUUGCAAUAUUGGCAGAAGUACUAAUGGA